AUGUGGAAAGGAUUAAGAUUGACCCAAACGCAAUUAUCUAAGAUACAUUUCAAUGGCCACAAAUUGCAACCAGUCGGUGUUCCGGCGCUUGAUUCAGUUUUAAAUCAGUGGUAUGAAUUUUGUAAGAAGCCACCGAAAGGAUUCGAGAAAUAUUUCCAGCCCGGUACAAGCCAAAAACAGUCGAAAACCCCCGAAAAGGAUGAGUCUCCUACACCGUCCAAAACUUCACCACCACCAUCAAAAAGUACAGCUUCAUCGUCUUCUCAAGAUAAAUGGAACAUAAAUAUGUUCUCGGGAAGUUCAGGAAGUGGCCGAGGUGGCCGUGGCGGAUUUGACAAUCCGGACCGAGAAAAGUGGAUGAUGUUUGGAGCCAUGGGUAUAGUCACCCUGUUUGCGUCGAUUGCGUAUUUCGAGCUCAGGUAUAGGGAGAUAAGCUGGAGGGACUUUGUGAACAUGUAUUUAAACAAAGGGGCUGUUGAAAAACUGGAAGUGAUUAAUAAAAAAUGGGUAAGAGUAAAACUACAACCAGGAGCUUUUGAAGGAAAGGUCAUCUGGUUUGCUAUUGGAAGUGUAGAUUCAUUUGAAAGGAAUUUGGAAAAUGCCCAAAUCGAGAUGAAUGUGGACCCACCUAAUUUUAUUCCCGUUAUUUAUAAAACAGAAGUAGAGGCCUCCAGUUUAACAGGCAUGCUGCCAACUUUACUCAUAAUAGGGUUUUUAAUCUAUAUGAUGAGGAGAUCAGCAAACAUGAUGGGCGGUGCUGGCCGUAAAGGUGGUGGCUUAUUUGGUGGUGUAAUGGAGUCUACUGCAAAACUUAUUAAUCCUACUGAUAUUGGUGUAAAGUUUAGAGAUGUGGCUGGUUGUGAGGAAGCCAAAAUUGAGAUUAUGGAAUUUGUCAAUUUCUUAAAGAAUCCUCAACAAUACAUUGAUUUAGGAGCCAAAAUCCCGAAAGGUGCUUUACUUACUGGCCCACCUGGUACUGGUAAAACUUUACUAGCUAAAGCGACAGCUGGUGAGGCUAAUGUUCCCUUCCUCACAGUGUCUGGUUCUGAGUUCCUCGAAAUGUUUGUUGGUGUGGGUCCAUCUAGAGUUCGUGACAUGUUCUCAAUGGCUCGCAAACAUGCCCCUUGCAUUCUGUUUAUAGAUGAAAUAGACGCUGUUGGAAGAAAACGGGGUGGGCGUAGUUUUGGUGGUCAUUCAGAACAGGAAAAUACUCUUAACCAGCUAUUAGUUGAAAUGGAUGGCUUUAACACAACAACAAAUGUUGUAGUGUUAGCUGCUACAAACAGAGUAGACAUACUUGACAAAGCACUGCUAAGACCUGGUAGAUUUGACAGACAAAUCUUUGUGCCCGCACCAGAUAUUAAAGGCAGAGCGUCAAUCUUCAAAGUUCAUUUAGGGCCUCUAAAGACAUCACUAAACAAAGAUAACCUAGCUCGAAAAAUGGCUGCAUUAACUCCAGGCUUCACCGGUGCCGACAUAGCAAACGUGUGCAACGAGGCAGCCCUGAUCGCGGCUAGGGAGCUCCAGAACGACAUAAACAUGAAGAACUUCGAACAGGCCAUUGAGAGAGUUGUGGCCGGAAUGGAGAAGAAAUCAAACGUCCUGCAGCCGGAGGAGAGGAAGAUUGUCGCUUACCACGAGGCGGGCCACGCGGUCGCCGGUUGGUUCCUGCAGCACGCGGACCCAUUACUUAAAGUAUCCAUCAUACCGAGAGGCAAAGGCUUGGGUUACGCACAGUACCUUCCCAAGGAGCAAUACCUGUACAGUAAGGAGCAGCUGUUCGACAGGAUGUGCAUGACCCUGGGCGGCAGGGUGAGCGAGGAGCUGUUCUUCGGGCGCAUCACGACCGGCGCCCAAGACGACCUCAAGAAGAUAACGCAGAGCGCGUACGCUCAGAUCGUCCACUAUGGCAUGAACGCGAAAGUUGGCAACGUCUCCUUCGAAAUGCCCCAGCCCGGCGAGAUGGUGAUAGACAAGCCGUACUCGGAGAAAACAGCUGAACUGAUCGACGGGGAGGUGCGGGAGCUGAUAAACACCGCCCACAAGCACACAACAGAACUGCUUACCAAGCACAAGGAGAACAUUGUGAAGGUGGCAGAGAGACUGCUGAAACAGGAGAUACUCAGCAGGGACGACAUGAUCGAGCUUUUGGGACCGAGGCCGUUCCCAGAGAAGAGCACUUACGAGGAGUUUGUGGAAGGGACGGGUUCGUUAGAUGAGGACACGAGCCUGCCCGAAGGCCUCAAAGACUGGAACAAAGAGAAACCAGCUGCCACCACGAGUGUACCAACUGGCGAUAGUAAAAAC